AUUAGCCAUGAAUUCAUUCAAUAAGGCUACUCAAAUGACAUCAUUUCGUCUCCUUGUCAUCAAUCUUCAUUUUUUGUUCUGUUUAUUGAUCAGCGUCACUGAAUUUCCACUAACCUGUCAUGGAUGUCAUGAACAGGAUAGAAGUGCUCUCCUUGAUUUCAAAUUCUCUUUGAUUGAUCCUGCAAAUCGUUUGGCAUCAUGGGAAGAUAGCUACCAACAUCAAAAUUGCUGUAAUUGGUAUGGAGUUGGAUGUUCAUAUGACUCUUUUCGGGUCAUCUCCGUCAGUCUUCGAAACACAGUCUAUGAAAAUUACCUCAGAGAACGUUCAGUCACAUUCGAUGGACGAAACAUUUCACUAACAGGUAACUUCCCUCCUUCCCUCUUUAGAAUUCCUCAUCUCGAGUAUAUUGAUCUUUCCUACAACGAUUUCCAGGGAACACAAAUUCCGCUCCAGCUUUCCAAUCUAACAAAACUUUCUCAUCUUGAUCUCUCCUACUCCAACAUUGGUUCAUCAAUUUCAACACAAUUCAACAACCUUUCAUCUCUACAUUACCUUGAUUUAUCUGAGAAUUUGAACUUACAACCAUCAUCUGUAAAAUGGGUGAGAGGGUUAGUUAAUUUACAGGUGUUAAAUUUGAGUGGUAUUGAUCUAUAUACAUUUUCACAAGAAAUUUUGGGUGAGCAUAUAUCUCAUCUUUCCAAUCUCAGAGAUCUUGAUCUCUCAAGGUGUAAUAUAUCUAGCACAACUAUUCCCAAUUUUCACAAUCUUUCUUUUCUAUCUUCUCUUAAUAUGAAUUCUAAUUCACUCAAUUCCCGAAUCCCAGUACAACUUGCGAAUUUAACUUCACUUUCUAAUCUCGACUUGUAUGGUUGUGGAUUACAAGGUUCUGUACCUUAUCUUCCUCAGCUGAAAGUGCUCGAUGUUAGUCAUAAUCCUAGUCUUAAUCCUGAUCUAACUAGGAUGUUUCAACAUCAGUGGCCUAAGCUUCAAAAACUUAGCAUAUCAAAUACUAAUAUAAGCGGAUCAAUUUCAAAUGCACCGAUGUUGGUCAGUCUUGAUGCCGCUGGUUGUUCAAUUCAAGGAUCUUUGCCUUCUUGGAUCUACAGUCUAAAGCUCCUAACCAAUCUCCACUUGUCUGGCAAUAAAUUCCAAGGUCCCAUAUCAAAUUCAAUAUCCAACCUAAAAUUCCUAACCAAUCUCGACUUGUCUCGCAAUAAUUUCCAAGGUCCCAUACCAGGUUCAAUAUGUGAGCUCAUUUCUCUUCGAGAACUUGAUUUAGGAAGUAAUAAUAUAACAGGAACCAUACCAAGUUGCAUAUCGAAUCUUCAUAACCUUAGGUUUUUUUAUGUCAAUAAUAACUCAAUUGAGGGAAGCGUUUCAUUGAAAUCUCUGAUUAACGAUCUAAAUCUAAUGGCCAUAGAUCUGAGCUCAAAUAGGCUUACGGUAGGUAUAGAUCAAAAUAUCAGUUUGUACUCUAAAUUCAAACUAGAGUAUUUGUCUUUGAAUUCUUGCAAUCUAAAAGGAUCCAUCCCUACUUUCAUCUGUAAAUUGAGUCAUCUUUGGAAUUUUGACUUGUCUCAUAAUAACCUGACAGGAGUUAUUCCUUCUUGUAUCUCAAAACUCAAAAAUCUCGCUUCAUUUGAUGUAUCAAAUAAUACACUCAGUGGUAAAAUCUCAAUAGAAGUUGGAAAAAGACUAUCUAAUUGUUACACCAUCAAUCUAGCUGGAAAUCAACUUUCGGGUUCAAUUCCCUCUUCUAUAUGUUCAAAAAGUUCACGAUCUUCUCUUCAAAUAGUUGACCUCUCAAACAACAGAUUCUCAGGGGUUAUACCAAAUACCUUAGGGUAUUGUAAAGAUCUUCAAUCACUAAACCUUGGGAGCAAUAAUCUCACAGGAAAUGUUCCAAAUGAGAUUGAAAAGUUAGAAUCAUUGGGAUAUCUUCAACUGCAGGACAACUAUCUCGAUGGUACUCUUCUCAACUUCAUCGGUAAACUCCCUUCAUUGGUAGUUCUUAACUUAGCGAAUAACCAAUUCGAAGGAAAUAUACCAACGGCACUAUUUGGUGCACAACACUCUCUCUUAAGUAUCAUUUCUUUAAGGUCAAACAAGUUCAAUGGAUCAAUUCCUGAUGAAAUUCAAAAUUUGAACCAACUGCAAAUUUUGGAUUUAUCGCACAACAAUUUCUCCGGCCAUAUUCCUAAGCAAUUAGGAGGCUACUGGAUGAAUUUAACAGGCGCAUCUCAAUAUCUUAUGGAUGUGUAUGGAAUUCAAUUGCAGAUGGUGAUCAAUGGGAUCAUGUUGCAAUUUGAAAGAAUAUACACUUAUACCUCGGGAUUGGAUCUGUCUUGGAACAUGCUUGAUGGUAACAUUCCAACAGAGAUAGGUCGGUUAAGCGGACUUGCAAGGCUCAAUUUGUCCCACAAUCAUUUUUCGGGUAGCAUACCUGCGAAUAUUGGAGAUAUGUCUAAGUUAGCUUCCCUGGACUUAAGUUUCAAUAGACUAUCCGGGAAAAUCCCACAAUCGUUAACAUCACUGGACUCUCUUGGGGUUUUUAACCUAUCUUACAAUGAGUUGAGUGGUGAAAUUCCAAAAGGGAUUCACUUUAGCACGUUGGGUGGUGAUGGAUGGUCUUUUGUUGGGAAUGCAUUAUUGUGUGGAGAACCUACAAAGAAUGUUUGUGAAGUGGAAGAAGACGAUAAAAAAGACGAUCGAGAAGAUGAUCAAGAAAAUUACCAAGAAGAUACAAAUGAGAAAUUGAUAUUGUAUAGUAUUAUUUCUUUGGGGUUUAUAUUGGGAUUUUGGGGUCUAUUCUUUGUGAUGCUUAUAAAAAAGGAGAAAUGGUGGUUUCCAUAUUGGAGAUUUAUCGAUUCUAUUGUAGCUGUGAUCAUAAGAUGUAUUCAAAGAGAAUCAUUAUAAUACCACCAGUUUGUAUUUCAUUGAAAGCUCAAACUAUGAUGAGGGCAGAAAAAUGAAUUUUAUUUGAUUAAAAAUUGUCCGGAAAUUUUAU